AAAUAUAUAUAUAUAAUGUGGCAUACAGUAGCGCUGAGAGAAAACUGAGUGGACAACGUAGCGUGUUUAUGCAGACGGUUCUGGUUAAUAUCUUCCCCAGGGCUGGCAGAUACAUGAAUUAUUUACAUAACCAAUAACUUGUCAAUAUUACUAUAAAGAAGCAAAGAUUCAGAGCACUUUAGAGAAAAUGGACUGGCAGAUCUUUGCGCUCCGAAGAUCUACAUUUCUUUUCCUCAUUACUCUCCUGUCAACGACACAAGCAGCCAGUCCUAUUGAUUUGUUGCGGAUACUGGAGCUGUCAGAAGACAUGGAAGGAGUUUCCAUUGAAGCUGGAAUCUGCACUGAUCGGGAGAAUAAGGGAGAAACAGACUUUGCCUUCAGGAUAGACAAAAAGAUCCAGCUGAGUGCUCCAACAAAACAGCUCUUUCCUGACUCCAGCUUCCCUGAAGACUUCUCCUUGAUGGCAACAGUGCGAGCAAAGAAGGGCUUGCAGUUCUUUCUGCUGUCUGUGUAUGAUGAGCAGGGCGUGCAGCAGCUUGGGCUGGAGGUGGGCCGCUCGCCAGUGCUGCUCUAUGAGGAUCAGCUGGGGCUGCCCCCCCCAGAACACUACCCUAUAUUCAAGAAGAUCAACCUAGCUGAUGGAAAGUGGCAUAGGAUAGCCUACAGUAUUCAGGACAAGGCGGUCACUCUCUACCUUGACUGUGAGAAGGUGCAGACCCUCGAUCUCUCACGAGGAGACACCCCUGUUGUCAGCACUAAUGGGGUCACAGUGUUCGGAACACGUCUGCUGGAUGAGGAGGUGUUCGAGGGAGUUAUCCAGCAGUUGUUGAUAGUUGAAGACCCCCUGGUGGCUGCUGACUACUGCCUACACUACAUCCCUGACUGUGACUUCCCGCUGCCGUACAGAAGCCAGGCCCUGAACCCCGAGGAGCAACAUGUGCGCAUGGAGAAGCAUCCCAAGGAGCCAGAAGUGGACGAAUUUAGUGAGGAGGUCUACAGUGACCUGUAUGAUGACCUCUCCAUGUCCACUGUGACCUUGGGACCCAAUGUCACAGAGUACGAAGUCAUGGAAUAUGUGGACUAUGAAAACAACACAGAUGGAGAUGAGUACCAUGCCAGGGAAUAUGAAGAAUAUGAAGAAUAUGAAGAUCGCUAUGGGUUAGCAGAGAGAGAGAGAGCAGAGACAUGGGAGGGCAGGAGUUACAAGGCUGAAAAGGGUGAGAAGGGAGAGCCUGGUGUCAUUGAGCCAGGCACUCGUGUGGAAGGACCCUAUGGUCCACCGGGACCUGAGGGUCCACCAGGUCCUCCGGGGCAGACCGGGUCAGUGGGACCUCCCGGAGAUGCUGGUGAUCUGGGUCCACCAGGGAGGCCAGGUCUUGCUGGUGCUGAUGGGAUUCCAGGUCCUCCAGGAACCUUGCUGAUGUUACCAUUCCAAUAUGGAAGCAAUGCACACCAUGGACCUCUUGUUUCUGCUCAGGAGGCCCAAGCCCAAGCCAUCCUGCAGGAGACCAAGCUGUCGCUGAGAGGAACCCCAGGGCCACUGGGUCUGAUGGGUCGCCCUGGUCCCUUGGGGCUUCCUGGUCCAGCAGGGCUGAAAGGAGACAGUGGCGACUCAGGUCCACAGGGACCCAGGGGCACACCAGGUACUCCAGGCUUGAAUGGGAAACCAGGCAAAAGGGGCCGUGCAGGAGCGGAUGGGAGUAGAGGUGCUCCAGGGGAGCCAGGAGCAAAGGGUGACAGAGGAUUUGACGGCUUGCCCGGACUCCCUGGGAGCAAGGGUCACACAGGAGAAAGAGGAAAACCAGGUGUACUUGGUCCAGUUGGGAAGCCAGGAGAAAAAGGUUCGGAUGGACCAUCAGGGCCGAGAGGGCAGCCAGGAGAACCUGGCUCUCGAGGGCUUGUUGGACCGCGAGGACCGGCAGGAUCCACUGGCCAGCCGGGUAUUCGUGGUAUGGAUGGUGUCCCAGGAUCAAAGGGAAACUUGGGCCCUCCGGGGGAGGCAGGGCCACCGGGUCAGCAAGGAAACCCUGGAUACCAGGGUCUGCCUGGUGUUCAGGGUGCUAUCGGACUGCCAGGAGAGAAGGGCCCACAGGGCAAGCAGGGAAUGCAGGGCCUGCCGGGGAUCGACGGCCCUCCGGGUCACCCAGGGAGGGAAGGUCCACCAGGAGAAAAGGGAAUGCAGGGUGUGUCCGGAGUGCAGGGUCCCAUUGGCUACCCUGGGUCACGGGGUGUGAAGGGAGCUGAUGGAGUGAGGGGUUUGAAGGGGAGCAAAGGAGAGAAGGGAGAAGAGGGUUUCCCUGGGCAAAAAGGAGAAAUGGGCAUCAAAGGAGAAAGGGGUGAUGAAGGGGUCACAGGACCCCGUGGGGAAGAUGGACCUGAAGGGCCCAAGGGCCAAGCUGGGCCCCUAGGGGAAUCUGGACCGGCGGGGACCAUGGGGGAAAAGGGCAAGCUUGGAGUUCCUGGUUUGCCAGGAUACCCAGGAAGACAAGGACCGAAGGGCUCAGUAGGAUUCCCUGGACCUGCUGGGGUUCUGGGAGAGAAAGGGAAAAGGGGCCCGGCUGGGCCAGCAGGAGCUGGAGGGCAGAGGGGACCCACAGGCACACGGGGAAGCAGAGGAGCAAGAGGUCCCACAGGGAAACCGGGAGACAAGGGCUCAGUCGGGAAUGACGGCCCCCCAGGACCGAUGGCAGAGAGGGGACCUCAAGGGCCACAAGGACUGAAUGGAGAGGCAGGACCAAAGGGACCAAAUGGUCCUCCUGGAAAAGAUGGAUUGCCAGGUCAUCCAGGCCAGCGGGGGGAGCCAGGUUUUCAAGGAAAGACAGGGCCACCUGGACCUACAGGCGUGGUAGGACCUCAGGGUAAAUCAGGAGAGACCGGACCCAUGGGUGAAAGAGGUCACCCAGGUUCACCUGGUGUUCCUGGGGAACAAGGCUUACCUGGUGUGGCUGGCAAAGAGGGUUCCAAGGGUGAUCCAGGUGCCUCAGGGAAUCCUGGGAAGAGUGGUCCGCCAGGGCUUCGCGGAUUCCGUGGAAGCAGGGGCAGUCCUGGCUCAAUGGGCUCAGCUGGAUUGAAAGGAGGCGAAGGACCUACUGGUUCUGCAGGAUCCAUUGGAGCUCCUGGGGAGAGAGGUCCUCCAGGACCAGCCGGUGCCAUUGGCCAGCCCGGACGUCCUGGCGGCAGUGGACCAUCUGGACCAAUGGGAGAAAAGGGAGAGCCGGGAGAGAAGGGACAACCUGGGCCAAGUGGAAAGGAUGGUGAUCAGGGCCCAGGUGGGCUAACUGGUGUAGGUGGACCAGCUGGUCCCCCUGGAGAGGAUGGAGACAAGGGGGAAACAGGAGGACCUGGCCAAAAGGGCACCAAAGGAGACAAGGGAGAAGUAGGACCACCAGGCCCCCCAGGAAAUCAGGGGCCAACUGGUCAGCCGGGAGUGCCGGGCAUCGACGGGGUGGUGGGUCCCCGGGGCCAGCAGGGGAUGUACGGACAAAAAGGAGAUGAGGGGCUGCGUGGCUUCAAAGGGGCCUCAGGCCCCAUAGGGCUGCAGGGAAUGCCCGGACCACCAGGUGAGAAAGGGGAGAGUGGUCCCGCAGGAUUGAUGGGUCCGCCUGGUCAGCAUGGGCCCAGAGGAGCACUAGGUCCCAGUGGUGGUGAGGGUCCACAAGGAAGACCUGGAGGUGUGGGACAGGCUGGCCUUGUUGGUGAGAAGGGUGAGGAUGGUGAAGCUGGGAGCCCCGGGCCUGCAGGAGCACCAGGGCGUGCGGGUGAGAAAGGUGAGCCUGGAGAGAAGGGUGACUCUGGAAUGUCUGGAGCAGCUGGGCCCCCAGGAGCAAAGGGCCCCCCCGGAGAGGAUGGCUCUAAAGGCACCUCUGGUCCAAUUGGUGUGACAGGAGACCCAGGACCACCAGGAGAACCGGGUGUCAAUGGGGUGGAUGGUGGACCAGGACAGAAAGGAGAUGCAGGGGAUUCUGGCAAAGCGGGGCCCCCAGGAGCCUCUGGAGAGCCUGGACCACCAGGACCCCCAGGAAGACCUGGUCGGUUAGGGGCAGUAGGAAAAGAAGGCAAACCAGGAAUGAAGGGGGCAAAGGGGGCUCCAGGCCCUGAGGGACUUAUUGGAAAAACUGGGCCAAUGGGCCCACAAGGGCACCCAGGCAAGCCAGGUACCCAGGGACUGCGUGGGAUUCCAGGCCCUGCUGGAGAACAAGGUUUAAACGGACCCCCUGGACAGACUGGACCUCCAGGACCUAUGGGUCCAUUGGGAUUGCUGGGUUUGAAAGGAGAUCCCGGCAGAAAAGGAGACAAGGGUCACGCUGGCUUGAUUGGUCUCAUUGGACCUCCAGGGGAGAUAGGAGAGAAGGGUGACAGAGGAUUACCUGGAAACCAGGGGUCCCAAGGACCCAAGGGUGAUGUGGGUUUCGUUGGUUCUUCUGGUGCUGCUGGCCCCCCUGGAGUCCCAGGCCUUUCUGGAGCUGUGGGCCAGAAAGGGUCCAAAGGCAGCCAGGGCCCCAUUGGUCUAAGAGGAGAUACAGGCCCUGCUGGCCCCCCAGGACCACCUGGACCUUCUGCCUCAGUCCUUAUGCCAUUCCCUAUCGAGGAGGGUCAGAGGAAAAGAAGGAGACACUCAGAAGUGGAUGGAGCUCAUGUGUACCUAGAAGAGGAUGAAGAGUAUUCUCCCCAGGGAGAUGAAACCAUGAAGGAGGUGUUUGCUUCUAUCAGCUCCAUGAAGACUGAGGUGGAGAUCAUUAGAAAACCUCUGGGCACAUACGAGAGCCCUGCCCGCACCUGCAAGGAGCUGCUGAUGUGUCACCCAGGCUACAAAGACGGAGAGUACUGGAUCGAUCCCAAUCAGGGCUGUCACCGGGAUGCGUUUAAAGUGUUCUGCAACUUUACUUCAGAUGGGGAAACUUGUUUGUUUCCUGACAAGAAGAGUCAAACAGUUAAGCUGGCUGCAUGGAACAAAGAGAAACCUGGGAGCUGGUAUAGCCAAUUCCGGAAGGGCAAAAGGUUCUCAUACGUGGAUAUGGAUGGGAACCCAGUGCAUGUGGUCCAACUGACUUUCCUGAAGCUUCUAAGUGCCACUGCCAGACAGACCUUCACAUACAACUGUCAAAACUCAAUUGGCUGGCUUGAUAGUGUCAGUCGCAGCCAUCGCAAUGCACUUCGCUUCAAGGCCAUCAAUGAAGAGGAACUGUCACAGGCCAAGACACCAUUCAUCAGAGCUCUGCAGGAUGGGUGUCAGACUCGAAAGGGACAGGAACAGACCGUGCUGGAAUUUCACUCUCCAAGUCCUGACAUGCUGCCAGUUGUUGAUGUGUUCAUCACGGACUUUGGAAACAGCAACCAGAAGUUUGGUUUCCAAGUGAGCCCCGUCUGCUUCGGUGGCUAGCAUCCUCAAAGAAACCACUCUAAUUCAUUUCCACUGCUAAAGACAUGUGCCACCUGCUUCCCUCAUGGUAAAAUGUUCUCUCAAAGUGCCGAUCCAAAAUGAUAUGAGAGUGUUCCAAGCUAUCUCAAGCCCUUCACCAAAAUACCUCAGGUAAUGGCAUUUGUUUGGGUUCUUUUAUUUUCAACGUACCCAUACUGGCUACCAUGUCUUUGAUUGAACAAGCUGUUAAACUGGUACAAAGUCUGCCACCCUGCUGGAAGUUAGAGGGCGACAAAGUAACAUUUUUUUGCAGCUUUCUACUGCUCAUCUCAAACUUAACAGUACUGUAACCUCAGUCAUGUGGUUUUCAAAACAAUUUUCACGUGCUAAUGUUAGGAAUUUUUAUGUAUUUGAGAUUGUUUCUCAACAAUGGUGCUAAACCCUAUUUUAUUCACUUGUGUUAAUGGGACACAAGUGGGCAAAUCAAGAGAUGCAUGCUGGAAAAUGGAACGGUUGUUGAGCUUCAAUUUGGUUCCUCUAUCGAGAGCUUUUUGGUUCUCAAAGAGCUAUGUUCACCCAGUUUGUUUAAGGAAAUGCCUUCAUAUGGUGAGGCAUGCCGGAGGAAAGGCCAUCUCCUCUCAUUGGCCUGCCAAUCAGUAAUGAUGCAACACCUCACCAGUGCAUAUUGGAAGUGGUGACUUGAACUUAGUAGACGAUGGAGAAUUUUUUUCUCAUGCGACGUUACUUUUUAAUUUGAUAUUUUAUAUGCUGUAAAGUUAUUCCUAGAAACAUCUGUGAUCAGAAUUCAAGUGUAAGGUUAUCUGUGGGAAAAAAUAAAUGAAUCUGAAUGAAUAAAAUGAAAUUAAUAAAAAAAAGCUUUACAUUUGAGAGAAAAAAGGUAUUUUCUCAUCAAACCAAAACUGCACUGAUACACUUUCCUGCAUCUUUUUAAUUGCAUAUUUGUGGCUAUUUCCAGUGAACAAAAAUGUACUAAGAAAAGUCAAAAGUAAAAUCAUUCAUUUUUGCUCAGAUGUCAUGUCUUAGACUGUGCUCACAAAGAGGAAUCAUUUUAUAAAAUGACUCCAAAAUGACUGGAAAAUGGAAAUGCAUCCAGUUAGAUUUUGUUUUGAAAUAGUGAUUACGGAAAUCCUAUGGUGAUCUUAAGGUUUUAUCAUAUCUCAGUAUUUAUACAAUAUUUUCCUGUGGUGUGUAAGCUAUUC